AUGAAGGGUGCUCUCGUCACCGCAGCGACGCUGCUGAGCUCCGCGAGCGCCGGCAUUCACAAGCUUCCAUUAAAGAAGGUUUCUCUAUCCGAGCAGCUUGCCACUGCCAACAUCGACGCUCAUGUCAAGAAUCUCGGUCAGAAGUAUAUGGGCAUCAGACCCCAAUCUCACGCCGAUGAGAUGUUCAAGGAGACCUCUGUUCACGAAGACGGCUCUGACCACACAGUCCCCGUGAGCAACUUCCUGAACGCUCAAUACUUCUCGGAGAUCACCAUCGGAACCCCUCCUCAGACUUUCAAGGUCGUCCUCGAUACCGGAAGCUCAAACCUUUGGGUCCCAUCAUCCCAAUGCGGUUCCAUUGCCUGCUACCUCCACACUAAGUACGAUUCGUCAUCCUCAUCUACAUACAAGAAGAAUGGAACUGCCUUUGAGAUCCGCUAUGGCUCGGGCAGUCUCAGCGGUUUCACUUCCGAAGAUACCAUGAGCAUUGGUGACCUCAAGAUCAAAAACCAGAUCUUUGCUGAGGCUACACAGGAGCCGGGUCUGGCCUUUGCUUUUGGUCGAUUCGACGGUAUCUUGGGUCUAGGAUAUGACACUAUUUCUGUCAACAAGAUCCCUCCCCCAUUUUACAACAUGGUCAACCAGGAGCUUCUGGAUGAGCCAGUCUUCGCUUUCUACCUUGGCAGCACUGACAAGGGAGAGGAGGAUCAGUCUGAGGCUAUCUUCGGUGGUGUCAACAAGGACCACUUCACUGGGAAGAUCACUGAGAUCCCAUUGAGACGUAAGGCUUACUGGGAGGUCGAUCUUGAUGCGAUCACUUUUGGUGAUGCCACUGCGGAGCUUGAAAACACUGGUGUCAUACUUGACACCGGAACUUCCCUCAUUGCUCUCCCAUCGACUCUUGCUGAGCUUCUCAACAAGGAGAUGGGCGCUAAGAAGGGCUACAAUGGACAAUACACUGUAGACUGCGCCAAGCGUGACAGUCUCCCAGAUAUGUCCUUCACUCUCAGUGGUCAUGAGUUUACCAUCACUCCUUACGACUAUAUUCUUGAGGUUCAAGGCUCUUGCAUCUCCAGCUUUAUGGGAAUGGACUUCCCAGAGCCAGUAGGACCUUUGGCCAUUCUCGGUGACGCUUUCCUCCGAAAGUGGUACUCUAUUUACGAUCUCGGUAAGGGUACCGUCGGUCUCGCUGCCGCCAAGCAGUAA